AUGAGAAGAAAUGCAGAUUUGGAUUAUUUUGUAAGAAAUCCUUUAGUCUCAGCUAUUAAUAUUGUUCUAAAUACUCAAAAACAGUCAAAAUUGGGAAUUUUAAUAUAUGCGGCAGGACUUUUCAUUAGCUUUUGCUAUUAUUUUAAAUUAAAAAAAAAAUAAAUCAAGCUUCAUAAAAUUUAAGAUAAAAUAAGAUUAUAAGAGCCUCUAAAUAAAACUCUAUUGAUUUAAUUAGAUGAUUCUUGGAGAAAUGGAAUAUAUAAUGAUUUUACUUAUUUAUUGCCAUAAUAUAAGUAAUGCGGAAAUAUGACUGUAUUUAAAAAUAUUUAUUUAUAUGUAUAAAUGGAUUAGAAUAUGCAAUUAGGAAAGAUAAGCUUUAAUGUGAAUUCCAAUAAUUUAGAUUAAAUAGUCUAUUAAAAAAUUACAAGAACAGAUUUUAAUCAAACAUUCACUCCUUAAUUAACUUAAUUUUAGUCUGAAAAUUUUCAUAUUGAUUUUAAUAGAAAAACAUAACAAAUUUCAUCUGCUUUUCUUUUUGAUUUUGAUGAAAAAUAAAUCUAAAAAGAAUUAAUAUCCGUAGUUAAGAAAUAUCCUUUAAAAUUUGAAAAUAUUAUAUCUAAAUUUCUAAAAACCAAAACAUUAUUUGAUGGAAAUCAAAUAUCUUGGUAAGACCCGAAUCCUUUUUCAGUUAGUAAGGGUAAUUAAUUGUGUAUGAAAUGUACUGCAAUAAUUUUAAAUGAUGAAAUAAGAAUAACAAAUAUAAAGGCUGUUGCAAAUAAUUUUGUUAGAUUAAAAUAUUUUCUAUAAACAAAUAUUAUUUCAAAAAUCAAAAUUAUUUAAUCUAAAAUAAAUAUAACAAAAUUUAGUAUGGGUUUGUUUGGAUUUUUAAUGAUAUAUUAGAUUGGAAAAUAUUUAAUGAACGAAUUAGAACCAUAUAUGCUGAAAAAAGAGUAUCCUGGAUUAGAUAAAGUUUAGUAAAAAUUGAAAUUUGUAUAGUGUGACAAAGGGACGAAAUGCAUUCAUUGUUAAUUAAGAAAUGCAAGUUUUAUUUUUAUACCCUGCUAUCAUUUAUAAUGUUGUAAAUAGUGUUUUGAUGAAAAAAAUGAAAUAGAAUGUAAAACCUGUAAAAUAACAAUUUAUUGCGGUAUUCCGAUUUUUGUGUGUAAAUGA